CACCUUAUUGGCGAAGCAUGAUCAAUGAAGUAAAUUCCGCUGACCAAUCAUCACAAUUAUGGAAGCAAAAGCGGUUUAUUUAUAUGCUGGGCGCUUAUACGAUUAUCAUGGGUGCACAAUGUGCGAUUAUUACCUUGUUGGCACAAAUUCUCAUACCCCCUUUCAAAAACUUGAUUGACGAGAAGCAUGUUGGGCUAUUAGGAGCGAUUAUGUUAUUUGUAGGAUUCCCGGCUAGUAUAUCAGUUGGUUUUUACCUAGAUCGGACUUUGCACUAUCGGAAAGUGUGUCUCAUUUUAUCAGUCCUGACAGCGCUUAGUGUGUUAGGUUUGUACUUGUCAACAGAAGCAGGAUUCCUACAAGGUGUUGUUAUAUCAUGUGUUUGUUUUGGAUUAUCGUCAUAUGCCAUUGCGCCUGCAUUUUUUCAAUUCGCGAGUGAAUUAUUUUAUCCAGUUAGUGAGAUUAUACCCACAGGUUAUUUGUUUACGGUUGGAAAUAUUGGAGGUGUAUUUUUUGUGGCAGUGAUGGGUUGGAGUGAAAACAUGACGGUCAAAUUUCCUAUGCGGUUACCAAUGCUAUGGCUAUCAAUUACAAUGUUCCUAAGUGUGUAUUGUAUGUCGCAAGUAAAAGGAUCCUUGAAAAGGACAACGCAUCAACAAUUGCAUUUACCAUAAUAUGUAUAUAUCUUACACAUAGCCAUGUAUAACAUACUUUUUUUUAUUCAGUUAGAGAACUAUACUGGCUUAAUCAAUAAUAAAAACAAAUUGUUUGUAAUUUACAAUGCUAC